AGAGAGAGGGAGGAAGAGGGAGGGCUGAGUGGCGUGAGGCAGUGCGUGUGCUCAGUGUUUAGGUGAAUCCACAGCCCUCUGGCUCACAGGGAUAAAGGAUCCUCACUGAAGAAGAGAGAGGAAAGAAACAGGGUUUUUUUUUCUGCAGCUUUUAUAAAGAGGGCAUCUGCAGCAGUCUCUCUUCCCUGUAAGCCACCAGCUGCCGGUAUCAGUCGUUUCCUCGCCCUCCUCUUUUGUUCCCCCCUGCAUCCAUCUCUGCUUCACCUCGGUCCGGAGAGAAGGAAGGAAGAGCCGAGUCAGAGGCAUCAUCCUCCUGCACGCCCAGCCGGUGGUGGGUGCUGAUGCUGUAACCACUGUGUGGAGCUGACAAGCCCUGGUUGAUGCAGUGAAGUGUUCCAGUGGGAUAAACAGAAGCGAAGGGGGCUCAUGGGAAACCUCCUGAAAGUGCUGGCUUGCACCGAACUUGAGCAUGGCCCAAUAGUUUUCCUUGACUUUGAACAUGCCCAGCCCACGGAGGCGGAGACGGCCGUGUGGAACCAGGUCAGCGCCGUGCUGGAGGAGGCUCAUGGGAUCCUGGCCGAGCUGCAGUCCUAUAACGGCGCGGGGCAGGAGAUACGAGAAGCCAUCCAGAACCCAGGCGACCUGGCUCUGCAGGAGAAGGCCUGGAAUGCAGUCUGCCCCCUGGUGGCCAAGCUGAAGAGGUUCUACGAGUUCUCCCUCCGUCUGGAGAAUGCCUUGCGCAGCCUGCUGGAGGCGCUGACGAGCCCUCCGUACGCCCCCAUGCAGCACCUGGAGAGAGAGCAGGCCCUGGCCAAACAGUUCGCUGAGAUCCUUCACUUCACACUCAGCUUUGACGAACUGAAGAUGACAAAUCCAGCCAUUCAGAACGACUUCAGCUACUACAGGAGGACUAUAAGCAGGAACAGGCUGAACAACCAGCAGCUGGAAGCAGAGAACGAGGUGAACAACGAGAUGGCCAACCGAAUGUCCCUCUUCUACGCAGAGGCAACACCAAUGCUGAAGACUCUGAGCAAUGCCACCACCAAGUUUGUUUCAGAGAACAAGACCUUGCCCAUAGAGGACACCACGGACUGCCUGAGCACCAUGGCCUGUGUGUGCCGCGUCAUGCUGGAGACCCCGGAGUACCGCUGUCGGUUCACCAACACAGACACCAUGCUGUUCUGCAUGAGGGUGAUGGUGGGCGUCAUCAUCCUGUACGAUCACGUUCACCCCGUCGGAGCGUUCGCCAAGACCUCCAAAAUUGAUAUGAAGGGCUGUAUCAAGGUGCUGAAAGAGCAACCGUCCAACAGUGUGGAGGGACUUCUGAAUGCACUGAGGUAUACGACACGACAUCUAAACGAUGACAGCACCUCCAAACAAAUCAGGGCCCUCCUGCAAUGAAAGACCGAGGCGAGCGAUGGAAAGAGAGAGAGAGUGAGAGGGGAGGAGGAAGGAAGAGGGAGGAAACAACCGCCUGUGGCUGAUAAAUCUGUUUGUUUACAACGAACAAAGAAAUUCAUCUCCAGGUUAAGAGCGACCUGAUGAUACUAAGAAGAGAAAAAUAAUUAUAUAUAUUGUCAGCUGUCCAUCAUUCUGUCUCUCAUUUUGUAAAGUAAUAAAAGAGAAAAAAAAAAGCCAGAAAAGAAGAUUAUAGAUAUAUAUUAAAAGAAGCGAAACACAAGCAGCAGAUGAAGAGUAGGUAGGGCUAAAAGAAGAAGUUAUAUUGGGAGAUUUACAGUCAGAAACAAACUGAAAAUGGGAAAAAAAAGAACAGAAAAAAGAAGGGUUCAUGUCGCAGCAGUAGUCUGACAAGUAUUUUUGCACACACUUUGAAAACAAUGCCAUCUCCUCUCCCCUGAAAUCUGACCCCAAAACUGGUUCCCUGACACUUCCCUGUGUCGCUCCCUUACACGCUCACACACACUCCUACAGCUGAACUGGAGGGGCUUCUAGCCUCUCCGUCUCCCCCAGCUGCACUGAUCUCUUACCUUUGGGUGCACCGUGAAGCAAUGUGAUGGAUUCACUCCGGAGAUUUGUUUCCCCUCCCGUUUCGGUGCAGCUGGAGGAGAGGAGACAGUGAUGAAAGUCCUCAUUUCUUCCCACUCAUCCAUCCUACACCCUGGAGAUGUGGUUUUUCCUUGGCACAACAACAACAACAGCAGCCUGAUCCACUCAUAUGUGCCCUGACGCUGUACAUGUUCCAGCAUAAAAAAAAAAAAGCAUCUCGUGACUUGUCUCUGGCUUUACUUGAACAAAGUCGUUCACUCUGUCUUUCUCUCCAUGGUGCUAACGUGGUUUAGAGAUCACAGUAAUAGCUUGUUAGGCAUCGUCUGGCUGUAGCCAAUGCAGGACAUCUUAAUAGGUUAAAUCUCAGAUCUGUGCUUUCACAUCAGCGCGAAAUAACUGGAAGGAAUAAGGUUUCACGACGCUUGUAAAA